AUGAGAUUCGAUUGUAUUGAACGACGAUUUGCACAUGCAUUCGGCCUUUAUAGCGGAGUCGUUGUGCGACAUCCUCUGCCAUUCCUCAUCGUUCCCCUCAUUAUUACAUUGGCGCUCUCGACAGGAUUAACGAGGCAUGAGCAGGCUUUUAUGAAGGAUGAGCUCGAACUGUAUACACCAACAGAUGCUCAAGCUCGAAAAGAGUUGCAGCAGCUUGAUGAGCUGUUUCACAUCAAUGAUUCAGAUCCAUUUUAUGCAACCAGGAGGUAUGAUAUUCGAAGAGCUGGCUAUAUAAUUGUAACGCAUCGUGACGAAGAAAGCGAUAUUCUGAAUCCUCUCGUGAUGCACGCCGCCAUGCAACUCUGGAGCAUCGUGCAGUCGAUAACCGUUGAAGACGAAGAGGACCAUCGUAUCAAUUACCCAUCGAUUUGUGUGAAGUUCCCGAUUCCGCCCGAGUUCAGCAAAGCGCUUCAUUCGCUGUUCGCUCCCAACAUGACAGCACCUGACGAAAUAUGCGUCUCGAAUCCGCUCGUCGAGAUAUUCAAGCUUCUUCUCGUUUCGGAUCGAUCAUUUUUGAAUCGCUCGAUCGAUGAGAUGACACUCAGCCAGAUUUCCGAUGCGAUCCAAUUCGAUAGUGGUGGAAUGACCCAUUUACUUGGAGGUGUCACGUUGGAUGAAGAAAAGCGAAUUGCAGGAGCAAAGGCUAUGCUAUUACCAUAUGCUCUUCGACAUUCAUCAGAAAACGAAGAUUGGGUGGCUGAAAAAUGGGAAAUUCGUCUCGCUGAUUUCCUUCUUCAGUACGAUUCGCCGAUCAUUCGAGCCAGUUGGUGGACAUAUGAAACACUGGCCGCCGAAUCAGCGCGAGAUCGAAAUCAACUCAUCAAUAUGCUGUUUCCAUGCUUUAUUUGUGUCUCGAUCUACACUAUUGCGUGUUGCUGUGUCUUCUCAUGGCGACGUUCUCGACCGUGGCUGGCGAUUGGCGGUGUUGUUUCGGCGGCAAUGGCGAUCGCCUCGGGAAUCGGAGCGCUCCUUCUGCUCGGCUAUGGAAUGACGAGUGUCGCUUAUUCGAUGCCGUUCAUCGUUUUCUCGGUCGGUGUUGACAAUGUGUUCAUUUUGCUUUCGGCAUGGCGAUCAACUCCAUCUUCGGCAUCAUUCGAACAACGAAUGGAAGAAACAUUUGCCGAUGCCGCUGUCUCGAUCACCGUCACUUCUCUCACUGAUCUCAUCUCGUUCGGCGUCGGAUGUGCCACGCCAUUCCCAAGUGUUCAGAUGUUCUGCUGCUAUGCCGUUGCGGCUGUCAUUUUCACAUACAUCUAUCAGCUCACAUUCUUCGCAGCGGUCAUGGUGUAUACGAAUAGAAGAGAAGUAUCCAAUCGUCAUUGUCUUCUCUUCUAUAAACUCGACAAGGGAAAAGAUAAAUGGGCGGCUGAAAAAGCGGCUCAAGAAGAUCGAAGUUUUGAAAAGAACAGCGUGAUUUCGCAAUUUUUCCGCACCGUUUACUCAGAUUUUCUUCUCAACCAUAUGGUCCGAAUUGUGAUUUUAACAUUAUUCGUCACUUAUCUCGCCGUUGCCUCUUAUGGAUGCACAAAAGUCAAACUUGGUCUAGAGCCAAAUGAUUUGUUGCCGGAUAACUCGUAUGGAAAACGAACAUUGGAAAUGGCCGAGAAAUACUUUUCAGAUUACGGAAGUUCGCUUCACGUGUGGAUGUACAAUCUAUCAACGAUUGAUGUUGCUCCGCGUCGAAUAUGGAAUGUUCUCGAAAAAGAGAUUCAAUUGUAUGAGCACACCGAGUUCACAUCAGGCAGCGAUUCAUGGCUUCGCACAUUUCUCGCGUUUGUCAAACAAGCCGGCCUAUUAAUCACGCCAGAGAAUUUCGUUUAUAUUCUCAAAAAUGUGUUCCUAUCGCAACCACAGUUCGCCAAAUACAAUCGAGAUGUCGUGUUCACAGUCGAAGGCGAAUAUUUGGAAGCAUCGCGUAUUCCUGUUCAGCUUAGACACGUCGGCUCGGCGAAUCAGUCGCGUGCGAUGAGAUUAUUCCGAAGACUUGCCGAGACCAGCGAACUACCCACCGGCGUCUAUGCCGACUUCUUCCAAUUCGCCGAACAAUACAAUGCGGUUCUGCCCGGCACACUUUCGUCGAUCGCGUAUGCGGGAGUCGCUGUGGUCGCCGUUUCUCUGAUUCUCAUUCCGGAGCCGAUCGCUAGUUUAUGGGUUUCAUUCUCGAUUGUUUCUAUCAAUGUUGGCAUUUUGGGAUUCAUGACAUUCUGGUCCGUUCGCCUCGAUUUCAUCUCAAUGGUCACAAUCGUGAUGUCGAUUGGCUUUUGCGUUGAUUUCGCCGCUCAUUUGGCUUACAACUUCGCAAAAGGCGAGAAUCUCGACGCUGAUGAGAGAAUGAGGAAUGCUUUAUACGCUGUUGGAGCACCGAUUCUCAUGUCGGCUUCAUCUACAAUUCUCGGCGUCUCAUUCAUGGCUUCUGCGGAGUCUUAUGUAUUUAGAAGUUUUCUGAAAACGAUUAUUCUCGUCAUUCUUCUUGGGGCACUUCACGGACUUGUCAUUCUUCCCGUUCUUCUGUCGAUGUUUUAUUGUGGCGGAGAAUCGAAGAAAACGAAAAAGCAUUUAGAGGAAAUCGAUAAGAAAUUGGCAGCCCAAUACAACAAUCCAGCACAUCGAACGGCUUCGAUCCAAUAUUUGAGUAAUCCGGAUCUUUAUAAUACACCCAAGGUUCCAUCUCCACCUGAGCCCGAGUUCUCAUUGAGCACUCUCAAUUUCCCGAAGACGACAACGAAUCAGCAGAGUCUAUUCCGCGGACAAUCCAAACAGGGCUCUCGGCCACCCAAGUACGAAGAGCAAGAUCCUGCUCCGCCUGUGCUCAACACCUUCGCUCCAUCGAUUCUUCCGAUGCGCGCCAAACUCAAAUACACUUCGAAUGAGCCGCGAACACCCGACAUGUACUAUCCCGCAUAG